CUAUUUGUAGACUUACGGUAAACAUGGCAGCUCCCAGCUCGCGCUGAGACAACAGCUCAGACGUUACUGAUAAUCGUUUAGCGUUCAAGGGGAAUGACCCUCAAAACAAAUUAUUGAAAAUGGACCUUCCACGCCACGUAGGGCUGCUGGUCAAAAGAAUUGGGGUGACAGGUGGCGCGCUGUGCAGAACGUUGGUCACGGCGUGUAGCGCGCGACGUUCGCCAGAACGGAGCUCCUGUAGACGGCCACUGACGGCGAGGUACUCGUCGGCCGCGUCGGUCUCUGCCUGCAGGGCGCUUCUCUACAGGAACCAUGGAGAUCCAGCCCAAGUCGUUCAGUUGGAGAGUAUGGAACUUCCCGCUUUGGAUGAGAAGAGCGUGCUGGUGAAGAUGAUGGCGGCUCCCAUUAACCCCUCUGACAUCAACAUGGUUCAAGGAACUUAUGCUGUAUUGCCGGACCUCCCCGCAGUGGGCGGGAAUGAAGGGGUGGGUGUGGUCCUGGAGGUUGGGAGUCAGGUGACCACCCUGAGAGCUGGUGAUUGGGUGAUUCCAAGGGACGCUGGACUUGGCACGUGGCGGACGGCCGCAGUGUUCGGUGAAGAGGUCCUGACCCCAGUGCCCAAUGACAUCCCGCUGAUGGCAGCAGCCACGCUGGGGGUGAACCCCUGCACCGCCUUCAGAAUGCUGUCUGACUUCGAGGCCCUAAAACCAGGUGACUCUGUGAUCCAGAACGCAGCUAACAGCGGCGUCGGCCAGGCGGUCAUCCAGAUCGCAGCGGCACGAGGCGUCCACACCAUCAACGUGGUCCGAGACAGACCGGACCUGCAGCAGCUGACGGAGAACCUGCAGGCGCUGGGCGCUGGUCAUGUGAUCACGGAGGAGGCUCUGCGGAAGCCGCAGAUAAAAGAGAUCUUUAAGAAAGUUCCUCGACCCAAACUGGCCCUGAACGGAGUUGGCGGAAAGUCUGCUACAGAGCUGCUCCGCCACUUACAGGCGGGAGGGACGAUGGUGACGUACGGGGGCAUGGCCAAACAGCCCGUCACUGUGCCUGUGAGCGCUCUGAUCUUCAAGGACGUGAAGGUUCGGGGGUUCUGGGUGACCCAGUGGAAGAGGGACCACGCCCAGGACCGGGGGGCCCUGCAGGGGAUGCUGGUCCAGCUUUGCGCUCUGAUCCGGGACGGGAAGCUGACAGCCCCAGCCUGCACCGAGGUCCCCCUCCAGGACCACACCCGUGCCUUAGGGAACGCCAUGAAGCCCUUCCUCUCCAGCAAACAGGUCCUGGUCAUGUGACAUCAUGGGGGCCAAUAGCGGCAGCCCAGCAUCAGGGUUGAUUUUCACUAAGUAAAUACAGGAAAUUGAAAAUCAGUGGAUUAAAUUGCAAAAAAUGCUCACUGAACAUGAUGGCCAUUUGUUUUCAAUUCCGUGAAUUGAGUUUAAUUUGAAAUUCAGUCUAUUUGUUGAAAAAUCCUCAAUCGUCAUAACACAAAUGCUCACAGUGCUUUACAGCGAUGAGUGGGAACUCACCUCACCCACCACCAAUGUGUAGCGCCCACCUGGGUGAUGCACGGCAGCCAUUUUGCGCCAGUACGCUCACCGCACACAUUAGCUGAGGCGGAGAGGGAGAGAACUGUACCCCCGAUCGUGCAUCGCACCUGUUUCUGCCCUUUACUGUUAUCUCAGCCCCUGUGCUUCGGGCGAAUAAAGACAUUUUCUUUCACCAAA